GCAGAAUCCAUAUUCUGUAAUAGUGACUCGGCUAUUCAUUGUCGUCAUCGCUUUUUGUCGGGAGACGUGUGUUUUCUUUUUCAUCCAUUAACCUGAAAAGGAGCAAAAUUAGUGAACUCUUUUGUUGAAAAAGAAGAAUUCAUCCCAGAUUGUCUACAGCAUGGAGCUGCGUACUAUUAAACAAUAUGAAGAGAUGGCAAGGCGAAAACUUACAGAACCAUUUUUCAGAUAUUAUGCGCUUUCGUCAGGAGAAGGCUUGACAUUGCGUGACAGUGAGCAGGCUUUCAAAAGGUAUAGAUUUCGGCCACGCCUACUCGUAGAUGUGUCUGAUAUCCAACUGUCAACCAAGGUCUUGGGUCAAUCCAUUAGUAUGCCUAUAUGUGUCUCGCCAACUGGAGCUCAUCGCUUAGCUAAUGCUGAUGGGGAAAAGGCCACGGCAAGAGGAGCAAUGGAGGCAGGAACUCUCAUGAUCCAGAGUUGCUUCUCAAAUGAGAAGUAUUCCGACGUUGCACGUGCCGCGCCGGAGGGACUUCGCUGGUGCCAUUAUAUUUUUAAAGAUCGCCAGGUGACACGACAUCUCAUCAGGGAGGCUGAGAGGGCGGGCUAUAAAGCUGUGGUUCUUACCAUCGAUUCUCCGCUGACAGGGUUUAAAGCUGAUGAAGUCGGUCCUGAUUACAUGUGCCAUCGACACGAUGAGUACAGAUAUUUUAACAUGGAGAUGGACUCAUCGGAGUCCCAGGCAGCAGCUAAACGAGCAGGAGAUCCAACACUCUUCGUUCAUUUCGGAACAGACAUGGACAGUAGUGUCACGUGGGAUGACGUCAAGUGGCUUAGAAGUGUGACGUCACUUCCUAUCGUGUGUAAAGGCAUUCUCACAGGUCAAGCAGCUCGACAGGCGGCUGAUGCCGGGGCAAGUGGUAUAUUCAUAUCUGCUCAUGGUGGAAGACAACUUGAUGGAGUACCAGCGCCUAUCGACGCAUUAGCUGAAGUAGUGGAAGCAGUUCGUGGUCGAAACGUAGAGGUAUAUAUGGAUGGAGGAGUACGGGCAGGAACAGAUGUCCUCAAGGCUCUAGCUAGAGGUGCCAAGGCUGUAUUUGUAGGGAGACCUGCUCUGUGGGGACUGGCGUGUAAUGGAGCCAGCGGUGUUACUAAUGUGUUAGAAAUCCUUCGACAAAAUUUGAGAUAUGCGAUGGGACUAUGCGGUUGUGCCAAUGUCAAUGAUAUCCCUGACGACGUCGUUGUGCAUGAAUCGUUUUAUCACCAGCCGAGGCCAAAAUUGUGAGGAUAACCUAUAACGAAAUUUGAUCACAGGCGCUUCAUCGUUAUUCUAUUUGUCUUCAUUGUUCUUUUCUUUUCUUUUUACAACAACAGUUGUUGAUAUCGUUUUUUCUUCUUUUCGGUUUGUUAGUAUUUAAAGCUCACUCGGCCCGAAUUGGUCCGAUGAGCUUAUACCGGGGCUUGGCAUCCCGCCCACAAUUUCAAAACGCUUUUCCUUCAGAAUAUGUAUCCUUCAUUGACUGAUUUUUAUUUUGCUUCUUUUCUCUAAACAGAGCUAAUUAAGUGAGAUACAAGGAUUUUUUUCAAAGAAUUUUGAAAUUUUGCCUUAAGCAUUGAUUAUAAUAAUUUAUGUAAUUUUUGUCAAAAUUUACAAGUAAUGCCUUUUCUCCCAUAAUCAUCAACUGAGUUGUGUUUAAUAAGGCAAGAUGGGGCAUUCAAUAUUCAACACAUAAUUGCAAAAUUCUUAUGCUGGGGUAAUUUUGAUGUUGUUUUCUUUAUAAAGAUAUUGAUUGGAUUGGUACAAAUCCAUCAACAAAUAUAUCUAAUUCAUUUAUCAACUGAUUAUGAUCUGUAGUAUUAUGUCUAAUAAAGCUAGGUUGGGUGCUUAAAAAAUCUACUCAGUAUCUUUAUAUUUUGCUUCAAUCCUCAUCAUGAUAAUUAAAGCACACUCAUUUUCAAAAAAUGCUUCUUCUUUCAUGUUUCAAGUUUGUUUGUUUCCACUUUAUCGAAAAUAACAUAAUUGAACAUAAUGUUCAUGGUAAAAGUUACGAAAAAAGAUACACUCAUAAGUAUGAUAAAUACAUUGAAAAAGCAAAAUAAAAUGGAGAAUCUUCUAAAUAGCAAAGCUUUUAUUAUUGAGGUCCCAAUUAAUAAUUGUGUAUAUAAAUUAGGAUAUCUGAAUAAACGUAAGGUAUUUAAAAUAUAUGAGUAUAUGAGGGUUGUCUUUAAGUGACGUAUUUUUUACUAAACAUAGCGUUAACAAUUAUGAAAUCAGGGAAAAGUUCUGUGCUUUCCUCAGCAUAACCAAAUGUUUAUAAAUCAUAUAAAAGGAUCAGUGUUCAUUUUAGCAAACCAAUUUAGAAGAGAGAUUUAUAGAAUCGUGAUAAUUACUUUAGCCGAAGGCCGGAUGAGCUUUACGCCAGUGUUGUUCUGGUUUAAUUGUUUAAAUGAUUAUACGAGGGUUGUCUUUAAGUGACGUAUUUUUACUAAACAUAGCGUUAACAAUUAUGAAAUCAGGGAAAAGUUCUGUGCUUUCCUCAGCAUAACCAAAUGUUUAUAAAUCAUAUAAAAGGAUCAGUGUUCAUUUUAGCAAACCAAUUUAGAAGAGAGAUUUAUAGAAUCGCGAUAAUUACUUUAGCCGAAGGCGGGAUGAGCUCUACGCCAGUGAUGUUCUGAUUUAAUUGUCUUCGUUUAUAUGAUUCGAUUUAUUCAUUUCGGUUUUAAUUUAAGCAUAAAGAUUGUGCAAGGUGAUUUAGUAAUUAAAAAAAAGUAAACACACUCCGUGUUAUAUCAUGAUUCUAUCAACUGAGUUGGAAAAGUAUUGCUUCCAGAAUAACGUGUAUUUUAUUGCUUUUUGUAGUGCUUGAUUGUGUCUAUAUCUCUUUACGGCUAGUUAUGCUGGGAAUGUACGUUGCAUUUUUCGUUACGUAUCGUAGAGAAAGUUCUUUGAAACAAAUGUUAAUAAAGGAGUCGGAUUACCUGCAGACUUAGGCCCGUAUUUUUAACGGCCGUAACUAAAUCCUGUUUUACUAAACAGUUGUGUAUCAAGAGCUUCCUGAAACCUUGAUUCAUUUAUUUAGUAAAUGCACAGUAAUUGCUCCAAUAUGGAAAAAGCUUGCAGAUUAUAUUGAUAAUAUGACGAAGGAGACAACACUGUACUUUCACUUCGCUCAUAUAUUUGGUAUUGAUAUCGGUGGCAGGCAUGAUGUAUGUAUUAAUUUUGUAUUUCUGUGCCUCAAAUUUUAUAUUAUUCGAUGUAAAGAGGAAGGAAUACAUUUCCAGGGUUUCUUUUCUUUAGUAAAAAUGAAACAGACUAAUAAGUUAAACAUGAGUUCAUAGUUAUACACGACUUUAAACAGGACUUAAACAGUUGUUUAUUUAGAUGUGGACACUACGAAAUUUAAUUAGACAGGGCGUUUAAGUCCUGUCUUACAAAACAGUUGUUUAAAUUUACUCAUGACUAGACCCGAAUUCAGAAUACCGGCCAGUCUUAGGCCAGGACUUAGGUAUGACGUUUAUUGUAUUUGAUUAUUCAAAAUGAAGUACUUUCUUUAAUAAACUGAACUAAACGUUAA